CGAAAAGUAAUGUGUACGUAAAAUUUUCAAAAAACAUCCAAAUUUUCUAAAUUUCAAAAUUAUUUAUAAAUUAAAGAAGCUGUGGAAAUGGCCAAUAAUACAAGCGUGAGGCGACAUGUAGUUCAAGUGUCCGAGAUCCCAGUGGGCCCAGCUGUGCAAACACUGUGCGUUGUGGGUAACGAGUUGUGCGCAGUCACCCAGCAGGAUAUACGAAAAGUAGUGGACUUCCGGAUGUUUACCCUCGGUCCCUGGUUGAACCAUUGUCAACGUAGUCCAGAGACUGCUUCAUCAACAAUUUUGCUGGAUCUCUUUGCCCAGGAGCCACCGAAGAAGGUCAAGCUGGACAACAAUCCGUAUGUUAGGCGAGAGGUGCUAAAAGUAUCCGAGAUCCCGAUGGCUCCCGCUGUACACAUUCCAAUUGUGGUAGGAUGUGAGCAAUAUGUAGUGAUCCAGCAGGAUAUACGGAAAGAGAUGGACAUCCGGAUGUUUACCUAUAGUCGCUUGGGUCCAGUUGCCUCAGCAACGGCUCCUGUAAAUGUUUUCGGUGGCCCCGUUACGAACCUGCAACCUUUCUCACUCCUACCUUCGCAGAUUCCUCAUGUGACAUUUGAUCCUUGUAAUAUGCAUAUAGGAAUUCUUAAAAAGACAGGAAACGAUGUAGCUCUGGGAAGAUCCAACAAUCAAAUCUGUUACAGCGCCGGCACCUCGACUGAUGGGCUUAUGAAGAACAACGGCUGCCAGCACUGUCCCAAAUCUGAGGAUCUCCAUUCCAGCUGCCAAACUCAGACCAGUCUAGGUGCAGAUUUGCAGAAGAAUGUUGGAUGCCAGACACAGCCGGCCACAGCCUGCACUGGAUGCAAUACCUCAUCUAGCCUGGAUGUGGUCUCAAAGGAGGAGAUGGAGGUGGAAGAGGAGGAUGAGAGUUGCGACCCAUGCACCGAACGGGAAUUGUUUGUGCAGCAAGGACCUAUUCUUCGGAAUCGUAAAUGUCCACAGGAUGAACCCUGCACAUCCCGGUUAAUCAAUAUGGAAGAUCGACGGCGAUACGACUGCAUAAGGGCAAGAAUCUGGGCACAGAGAUUGGCCGAGCGUCGAAGACAACGUCAACAGGAUUGUAACACAACUCCACAACCACCUCCACCAACGGAAUGGCUGUCAAGCUACGAAGAUGUUAAUAGGGAGUGCAGGCAAUGGAAUACCAGAUAAAUUGGUCAACUUUCGAUGGAAUUUUUUUAUCGAAUUCAUACAGCUUUGUAGUCCUUCUUAAUUAAUUCAAUAAUUAAAAUUGUGGCUUAACCGGA